GGCGGUCGCGGGGCCCCCCCGGGCCGGCGGCUGCUUCUCGCCGCUGCUGUGUCAGUGCCGCGUGGUCUGGCGGCGCCGCAGCCUCUCGCUCGGCUUCGGCUGCAAGAAAUACCGGUACCAAGAUGAGGAUUCGCCCCCCCCUGGAGCAGAGCCCCGGCCCAUCUGCCCAGCCAGGCCAACUCGCCCCCCCGUCAUCGUCAACACCGACACGCUGGAGGCGCCGGCGUAUGUGAACGGCACCGAGGGCGAGAUGGAAUACGAGGAGAUCACACUGGAGAGGGGCAACUCGGGGCUGGGCUUCAGCAUCGCCGGGGGCACCGACAACCCCCACGUGGGCGACGACCCCGGCAUCUUCAUCACCAAGAUCAUCCCCGGGGGGGCUGCGGCCCAGGACGGGCGCCUCAGGGUGAACGACAGCAUCCUGUUUGUGAACGAGGCUGACGUGCGGGAGGUGCCGCACAGCGCCGCGGUCGAGGCUCUGAAGGAGGCCGGAGCCGUCGUCCGUCUGUACGUGAUGCGGCGCAAGGGCCCCGCCGAGAAGGUCGUGGAGGUCAAACUCAUCAAAGGGCCCAAAGGGCUGGGGUUCAGCAUCGCAGGGGGGGUGGGGAACCAGCACAUCCCCGGGGACAACAGCAUCUACGUCACCAAAGUCAUCGAGGGGGGGGCGGCCCACAAGGACGGGCGGCUGCAGAUCGGGGACAAGAUCCUGGCGGUGAACAACGUGAGCCUGGAGGACGUGAUGCACGAGGACGCCGUCGCCGCCCUCAAAAACACCUUCGACGUCGUUUACCUGCGAGUGGCCAAACCCGCCGCGGCCUUCCUGGGGGACAGCUUCGGGCCCCCCGACCUCACCAGCUCCUACUCAGCCCACCUGGACUCGGAGCUGGGCCCUCAGGGCUACCUGGGCCCCGAUUUCCCCCCGGCCAUGACCCCGACGUCCCCCCGACGUUACUCCCCGGGGCCCAAGGACCUGCUGGCGGAGGAUGACGUGCCCAGGGAGCCGCGCCGGAUCCUGAUCCACCGGGGCUCCACCGGCCUCGGCUUCAACAUCGUGGGGGGAGAGGACGGGGAGGGGAUCUUCAUCUCCUUCAUCCUGGCCGGGGGCCCAGCCGACCUCAGCGGGGAGCUGCGCAAGGGAGACCAGAUCCUGUCUGUGAACGGGGUGGAUCUCCGCAGCGCCACCCACGAGCAGGCGGCCGUGGCGCUGAAGAACGCGGGACAGAGCGUCACCAUCAUCGCCCAGUACAAGCCCGAGGAGUACAGUCGCUUCGAGGCCAAGAUCCACGACCUGAGGGAGCAGCUGCUGAGCAGCAGCCUCGGCUCGGGCAGCGCCUCGCUCCGCAGCGACCCCAAGCGGGGCUUCUACGUCCGGGCCCUGUUUGACUACGACAAGGCCAAGGACUGCGGGUUCCUGGCGCAGGCGCUCAGCUUCCGCUUCGGCGACGUUCUGCACGUGCUGGAAGCCAGCGACGAGGAGUGGUGGCAGGCACGGCACGUGCAGCCCCCCACACAGCCCCCCGACAUCGGCUUCGUGCCCAGCAAGCGCCGGGUCGAGCGCCGGGAGUGGACGCGACUAAAGGCCAAGGAUCGGGUCCCAGGAUCCGGCUCACAAGGGCGGGAGGACUCGGUGCUGAGCUACGAGACGGUGACUCAGAUGGAAGUGCACUACGCCCGGCCCAUCAUCAUCCUCGGCCCCAAGGACAGAGUCAACGACGAUUUGCUCUCUGAGUUCCCUGACAAGUUCGGCUCCUGCGUCCCCCACACGACGCGGCCGAAGCGCGAGUACGAGGUGGACGGGCGCGAUUAUCACUUCGUGGCGUCGCGGGAGCGGAUGGAGAAGGACAUCCAGGGCCACAAGUUCAUCGAGGCCGGGCAGUACAACAGCCACCUCUACGGCACCAGCGUCCAGUCCGUCAGGGAGGUGGCAGAGCAGGGCAAGCACUGCAUCCUGGACGUGUCGGCCAACGCGGUCCGGCGGCUGCAGGCGGCUCAGCUGCACCCCAUCGCCGUCUUCAUCCGGCCCAAGUCCCUCCAGAACGUCCUGGAGAUCAGCAAACGGGUGACGGAGGAACAGGCGCGAAAAGCCUUUGAACGAGCCACCAAACUGGAGCAGGAGUUCACCGAGUGCUUCUCAGCCAUGGUGGAAGGCGACAGCUUCGAGGAGAUUUACCACAAAGUCAAACGAGUCAUCGAGGAGCUGUCGGGACCCUACAUCUGGGUCCCAGCCGGGAACGCCUCUAGGGAUGGGGGAGGGACACCCCCAAAACCCCUCCCCCCCCCCAAAACCCCUCCCCCAACCCCCCUUUUCCUCCACCAGGGGGCGGCUGCAUGCGCGGGACGCCGAGGGGAGGGGGAGGGGGUCGACCCCCCCCCCCCCAAAAAGGCUCCCCCCAAAGUGGGGAGGGGGCGUCGAUUUAGGG